AUGGAUGGUGGUCUGCAGCAGCAGGAUAAAUCCACCAAUGAGGUCCGGACCUGGUGGUGGUGUUGGCUGGGAUGCUGCAGGGAGGCAUGCUGCAGGAAGGCAUGCUGCAGGAAGGCAUGCUGCAGGGAGGCAUGCUGCAGGAAGGCAUGCUGCAGGGAGGCAUGCUGCAGGGAGGCAUGCUGCAGGGAGGCAUGCUGCAGGGAGGCAUGCUGCAGGAAGGCAUGCUGCAGGGAGGCAUGCUGCAGGGAGGCAUGCUGCAGGGAGGCAUGCUGCAGGAAGGCAUGCUGCAGGGAGGCAUGCUGCAGGGAGGCAUGCUGCAGGAAGGCAUGCUGCAGGGAGGCAUGCUGCAGGAAGGCAUGCUGCAGGGAGGCAUGCUGCAGGGAGGCAUGCUGCAGGGAGGCAUGCUGCAGGGAGGCAUGCUGCAGGAAGGCAUGCUGCAGGGAGGCAUGCUGCAGGGAGGCAUGCUGCAGGGAGGCAUGCUGCAGGAAGGCAUGCUGCAGGGAGGCAUGCUGCAGGGAGGCAUGCUGCAGGAAGGCAUGCUGCAGGGAGGCAUGCUGCAGGAAGGCAUGCUGCAGGAAGGCAUGCUGCAGGAAGGCAUGCUGCAGGGAGGCAUGCUGCAGGGAGGCAUGA